UCUCUCUCCCUCUUUCUCUCCGUGCUGUCCCUGCUCUCUUAGCUCUCUCUCUCUCUCUUCCCUCAAAGGAUUCGAAAUUCUCCACCAGAUUUAGCUUAAGAACACUCAGUCUCACACACAACUGGCAUUGUCUAGGAUCGGCCGGCUUGGGUGAGGAACAACACGCGGGCUCUCGAACAACAUAACGGGUUUCGGUUGUCAUCUGAAAGACUCAGAGUUCAAAUCCCUUCAUUUCUACUCUGGACCAUCUGGAGUCAGGUUUUUCUCCUCCCCUAUAAGAGUGAGCACUGAGUGGUGACCACAAGUGACCAGUGUCCAGUUUCUGUUAUUUUUAGUCCUGAUUUCCUGAUUUGUGUGUGAGUGAAAAAAAUCAUGGCCAGUUUGAGAGCAUCAAAAUCUGGAUCUGCCAGAGACCAGCAGGCAAAGGU